AUGCCAUCCCUCUUACGAAGGAAAAGAGCUCCUUCUCAAACUCAACCCAACCGACCAGAACCAAUCCUUCGUCAUUCACUCUCUUUACCUGAUCUGACCACGCCCCUUAUAGAUCCAGACGCAUGGGAAGAAUUCCCUUCUUUCUUCUCACCACCUACUCAACCUAAUGGUUCCCCAGUCAUCCCUUCCAAUUCAAAUCCCAAAGAGACCAACUCGGUGCCAAAUACCAGAGGAAGGAAACCUAGUCUGAUAGGAGCGGCGGUACAAUUUCAUAAACCUUUUUCGACCCAGACGGUCUCUCCUGAUUUCAGAAAUCCGGCGGCAAGAUGGGCUAGAGAAAGUAUGAUAAGUACUACUACUUCUGUUCCAGAUACAGCUGGUGGAAGAAGAGCUGAAUAUGCUGAGAGAACUAUGAGUGUAGCUAGUCGUAGAAGAGGAAGAAAAGCAAAAGCUUUGACUAGGUUGAAUAUUGUUGUUGCUGGUGGAAAGGGGGUCGGUAAGACCAGCUUCAUCACACUCUUGGCAGAUUCCUUGGAAUCACAUCAAUCAAUUUCAGACAAAAAAGAUCCCACACCGUCAGCAAAGACAACACCAGGACCGCCACAGACAGCACCUCAAUCCAUGAUACCAUCCCCUACUAAACGGAUGUCAAGUCAAAUGAUCACCGCCUCUUUGCCAGACUACGAAAAGACUUUGGUGAGAGUUAUCGACACACCGGGAUUGGAACUUGCGGACACGGCAGUAGGGAGGAGUGAACGGAAUCGUGGAGUGGAAGGAUUGUUGCGGAUGUUGGAAGAGAGGUAUGAGGAGACUUUGAGGGAGGAAAGUAAAGUGUUAAGAACAAAAGCGAGAGCGGAUGAUGAGGUGAUACAUCUGAUCGUUUAUCUGAUAGAUGCCAGAGGGGUGCUCAACCCUGUGCGAGAGGUGAAAGAUGUCGAUUGGUCAGGAGCUGGUUUAUUCGACGAAGCGUCAGUCGUGGUCGAACAGGAAAAAUCGAGAUCGAAGAUGACACGAGGUGAUUUAGACAUUAUCCACCGUUUAUCGACCCGUGCCAAUGUGUUGCCAGUGCUGGCUCAUGCGGAUGCUCUCACCAUAUCACAAUUGACAGAAGUCAGAGCGGCUGUGCGACGUGACCUUGCCGAGGCAAUGCCCGAGGAUGGAGGGAGAGGAUUUGGGAUCUUUCUCGACGAGGAGGCGGAUCAAUCGUAUGAUGUCGACAUGGAUGCUCCCAAUAAACCCUUGACCAAUGGCGCUCCACCGUCUCCAAGCUCCACGACUAGGAGUGAUCCCCCAUUGCCCGAUUUGCCAUACGCGAUAUUCUCCCCUGAACCGUCGAGAGAGAAGAUUUUAGGUCGCAAGUUUGCUUGGGGAAUAGCGGACGUGAUGGAUCCUGAGCAAAGCGAUUUUGUUUAUUUGCGCGAGGCCAUAUUCGGGACACAUGUCAAGGUGGGAUCCUCAUGA